GCAACACCAUUAGCUGGGCAUCAAGAGAGAAAUUGCGUCUGCUUACCGAGGGGGGGUAUCCAGAUGAUGGAUGUUCGCCAGAGAGAGACAGAAAAGGCGUGACGCGAUUACGAUCACUGUCACUUGAGGGCCGGAUUAAAGGGAUUGCAUCGUGCAGCAUACCACCACCAUCUUCAUACCCUUACAUUUCGAUACCCUUCAUUCAAUACCCUUUUCUUCAUGAAUUAGACUUCUCCAAACAUGGCCAAGAAGAGUCUCAAAAAACUGAAGGAAUACCCCGUGCCUACGGAUCGACACGCCCUCAUCAUUGUCAAUCCCUGGGGUGUUCCUACGGGAGGCUUCACCCGAUGUAGCCCGCAACAAUGGCGGGGCUUCCAUAACAACCUGGCAAGCUGGGUAGAAUGUGCCUGCGGGAUCUCGCCUACUGGAAUGUGGAGAACGUCGGAGGGAGGCCGGGAGCAGGUCCUUGUAGACAUGCCAUUUGGCGGUAAUGCGCUCACCACCAUCAUCCCUGGUACCAACGACAGACAGUUGACUGAGCUUGGUCGCCGCCUGCUGGGCGCACAUCAUGCAUCUCGUUUCUUUCGGUGUCCAAGGGCCAUUGAUGCUUGGCAAGGCCACGUCGUGUCCGUAUAUGAAUAUGACUGGAAGACGUGGGGUGAUCCAGAUCAAAAGUUCGACCAUUUUAUCCAAGAUACCCCAACACUGACGGACGAAUUUGUAUGUCGGCGCGGAGAUAGCUACCCUCUCCCUGACGCACCGCUGUCGAGGACGGCCAGGUGGUCUCUGAGACUUCCAUCUACUGAUGCGUGGGGAACAGCUGCACCGGUAAACGCGUUUUGCAAUGACGCGCCUGUAGUGGUGACAUCAACAUCUCUUCCUCAAUUUUCCCUAGUGGCCUCACCAUCGCCUACGCCGGAACCCAGGAUCAAACGCGAUCCAUACGAGGAAGAAGACGAGCUGAUGCAACACGUCAAACAUGAAAUAGAAGGCUCUCCUGUCAAGUUCGAGGAUCCGGUUAAUGGUAUGCACUUCAAAGAGGAGGAUAAUGUCUCCCAGACGAGGAUCAAAAGGGAUCCCUAUGAAGAGGAGGACGAGCAGAUGGAUGAGGUCCGUGAUUUGGAACGUAGUCGUGAAUUAGAGGAAAAACGACGCGUAGAGCGAUGGCAGCCUUAUGAGACACCUCUGUUACCCGAGAUGCGCCAACAAGACGAGGAACCCAUACGCGUCAAACAAGAAAGUGGAGUCCCGGGUCGUAAGUGUUUUUAUAUACAAUUUAAUCAUUGGCGAUGAAAGUUUUUACCACAUUCUAUGAAGAAGUCCCUGGGAGAAGAGUAGACUUGCCGUGCGCAAAGCAGGAAGAGCAAUCCCGGUGUAUGCCUCCCGUUUUUUGAGAAAUUGCCAAACUGACAAGCU